AUGGCGGAUGAGGAACUCGUCUUGGUGGACGAAGAAGACUGCUUGGUCGACGAUGAUGAUUUGGUAGCCGAUGAAGUGGCCUUUUUGGUGCUCAGUGUCGUCGGUAGUAUGACAGAGGAAGACGACUUGCUUGACGAUCGAGUUGAAACAAUUGAUGAUGACUUUGAUGACGAUGCAGCCGAUGACGACUUGGAAAUGCUGCUCGAUUUGGCGGAGCUUGUCGUCUUCGUGGAAGAAAGAGAGGCUGACGAGCCUGAAGAGACCAUUGUCGCCGCAUGUUGUGAGCUCAAGACCGAGACAAUUGAUGAAGCAACAGAUGAAGUCUUAACGGAGGACGUCGAGGAUUGGCUGUUGCUCGCAGAUUUGAGUUGUGGCUUAGCCGAAUAG